UUCUUUAAUCUGCAUCUUUCAGUGUGUGUCUCUGCUCUCAUAUAUCUUUCUCUUUCUCUGAGGAUUCCCAUAUGACACUUGAAGCUUUUGACAUUCUAUCAGCAGACAUUGCUACAGCCUUUUCACUUUACCCUCUUUAACUACCCCUUUCACGCACGCACGCACACGCCACUCUCUCUCUCUCUCUCUUCCCCUAUAACUUCGGGCGCAGAGAAGAUGCUGCAUACAAGGCAGAGAUCCACCACCACCACCACCAUGGUUCAAGUAGCUGCCUCAUCCUUCCCACAAAGGAGGAGAACUCCUUCAUUCUCUUCCUCUCUUCUCGACGCCAUUUACCAUUCUAUCGACGAAUCAAAAUCCCACCUUGAUCAACAUCAACAACUGGGUAUCACUAUGGCUACUCCCUACACUACCGCCACCACCACCAAACACAACCACCAUGGCGGGGUAGAGAGAAGAACCAUUAAAGAGCGCAUGGACCUACGCCGUGCCGUCAUGUUAGAGGAUUGGAUCGACAAGCACACUUCUUCUUCUUCCUCCUCUUCUUCCUCCUCGGAAACUGACACAUCCACAUACAACAAACAGCAUAAGAGACGAGAAGGUGGCGGCGGCGGCGGCGGUAGUUUCGCGAGGACAAAGUUAAGGGCCAUGAAGAUCUACGGCGAGUUGAACCAGAGAGUGAAGCAACCAAUUUCACCGGGUACGGGUAGCAGAAUCGCUAGCUUCCUGAGCUCAAUCUUCAGCUCGGAGAAUGUUAAGAAGGCAAAGAUGUGUUACGUUGGUGCAGUAGAAGAUGUUAGCUUCGACCACCACAGUAGUAGUAGUAGUAAAUCAAAGUCACCACCGUGUUUCUCUUCCUCUUCUGCUUCUUCAUUUUCAACAAGGUCUUGCAUGAUGAGCAACAAGACUCCUCCUCCUCCUCCAUCUUCGAAAGGAAAAACCAGUAACAACAACAACAAGAAUGGCGGUGUGAAAAGGUCUGUGAGAUUCUACCCUGUUAGUGUCAUCCUUGGUGAAGAUUCUCAACCAUGCGGCCACAAGUGUAUUUACGAGAAUGACCCUAAAAAGAACAAUAACAGUACAGAGAAUGAUGAUGAUGAUGAUGAUGAUGAUGGUAUGAGUUGUUCAAGUUCAGAUUUGUUUGAGUUGGAUCACCUUAUUGGAUCAUCAGCUGCAGGAAUUAGAUUCAAUGAAGAGCUUCCUGUUUAUGAAACCACCAAUUUAGAAACAAAUAAAGCAAUUGCUAAUGCUUUGCGUUUUUAGUUAGUUAUUUUAUUUUUAGUAUGUAGUAGUAGUACCCUCCAAAAAUUGUAAUUAAAAAUAAUCCAUUCUUCAUUCAUUAAUUAAUCUGCACUCAUUUUCAGUUUUUAUUA